AUUUUUCUUAAUGACGUUGCAUACCGGCUGUUUGACUCGGAAGCCAUACAAGCGUGUGCAGAAGAAAUGACCGUCAGUGACCUCAAAUAAGAUGUUGAAGACCUAUCUUUUGUCUUCAUCUCUUUAUAACACAUCAGCAUUUAUUUAAAACUGUGACAAAACAAUUGUACAUUUUGAAGCGCCUUCGAAACGUCGAGUCGUUACGCAUCUGUCUGUCUCCCGAACGUGCAAAUUUGCUACGUAAAAUAAUGGAAAAUGCUGAAACAUCCGACCAAAACGGUACGACGCACUACACGAACGGUUUAGUAAACGGAUUUCACACUCAACAGUCCGAUGACGGGGAGUGUAUUUCAUCUAACGGAGGUGGUCUGGGUGCUAGUGACAGUAGCGGUGGCCAUAAUGGUAUUGACAGUUUCCACCAUCUUCAUAAAGAUGUACACAACAAUGGUUCGCCUACGAAGCGCUGCAGACUCCGAAGACGCGUGGAUUCGGGAAAGAAGAACAGACCGCCCUUUCCAUGGUUUGGGUUGGAUAUUGGAGGCACUCUGGUCAAGCUGGUUUACUUUGAGCCCAAGGACAUAACUGCUGAAGAAGAACAAGAGGAAGUGGAGAGUCUGAAGAGCAUCCGCCACUAUCUGACCUCCAACGUGGCCUAUGGAAACACCGGUAUUCGUGACGUUCACCUGGAGUUGAAGAACCUCACCAUGUGUGGCCGGAAAGGCAACCUACACUUCAUUCGGUUCCCCACGCAAGAUAUGCACCGCUUCAUCCAAAUGGGCAGAGAAAAGAACUUCUCCAGUCUACACACCACACUGUGCGCCACGGGUGGGGGAGCAUACAAAUUUGAGGACGACUUCAGAACGGUGGCUGAUUUGGAGCUCCAGAAGCUGGAUGAACUGGACUGUCUUAUUCAUGGUCUGCUGUAUGUUGACUCAGUCGGGUUCAAUGGUCAUCCAGGGUGUUAUUUUUUCCAAAAUCCCUCCCACCCUGAAAACUCUGUCAAGAGGCCAUUUAGCCUGGAGAACCCCUUCCCUAUGUUGCUGGUAAACAUUGGCUCGGGGGUAAGCAUCCUGGCUGUCUACUCCAAGGAUGAUUACAAGCGAGUCACAGGCACCAGUUUAGGAGGUGGUACGUUUCUAGGCCUGUGUUGUUUGCUGACUGGCUGUGACACAUUUGACGAGGCUUUAGAGAUGGCAGCUAAAGGGGACAGCACAAAUGUGGACAAACUAGUGAAGGACAUUUAUGGAGGUGAUUAUGAGCGCUUCGGUCUCCAGGGUUCUGCCGUUGCAUCCAGUUUUGGUCAUAUGAUGGGCAAGGAGAAACGUGAUAGUAUAAGUAAAGAAGACCUGGCCAGGGCCACUCUUGUCACCAUCACCAACAACAUUGGUUCCAUCGCCCGCAUGUGUGCAGUCAACGAGAAUAUCGAUAGAGUGGUUUUUGUUGGGAAUUUCCUUCGGAUCAACACAUUAUCAACUAAGCUGCUAGCCUAUGCCAUGGACUUCUGGUCUAACGGACAACUGAAAGCCCUUUUCUUAGAACAUGAAGGUUAUUUUGGAGCUGUUGGUGCCUUCCUAGAGCUACUAAAGAUGACUGAAGACUCCUGAGACACUGAGGAAAACCCAACCUUCAAACCAGAAGCUGCUCACACCAUUUUCAGUGUGUGAUGAGCUUCUCCUCAUGAUAACUGUUUCUUGUCAGCGUUGCCAUUAACCCAGCACAGAUUUGCCUUUGCCAUGUAUUGAUGAUUUAAGUGGAAGAUGAUUUAGGAUACUAAUGCUUGUAUACUGUCUCUUCUCCCUGUUUGUGAGCUUUAUGAAAACAGUUGUAACAUAUUAAAAGGGUUUGGAGGUGAGUAUUAUGUGUAUUAGUGGAACAGCCUGCUGUAUAAAAACAACCUUCCCCAAUCAUCUCUGAACAAAUCAUGCUUUUAAACCACAAAUCAGAUUUACAUUUACAUAUAGAUAAAAAGUCUGUAAGAACAGUCCAUUUAUGCAGGAGUUUUCUUUCCCAUUUCCAGUCACAUACAAGCAUUUAUAAUAUCUGUAUUACGUUAAAAAUACUAAGUUGUAUUAUUAAUCAUACAGUCAUUUUGGACACUAAAGGGUGAGUUCAAAUUCAUUCAUUUUUUAUAAUAACACAUCAUAUACCAUUUAAAUUUCAGUACUUUUCAGUUAGAUCAGUCUUUUAUUUGAACACAAAAUUACAAAAUUAGCUAAAUGUUGUCAGAUAGACCUGUUUUAUCUACAUUGG